AUGUCCAAAUUUGGUGUCCUGGUGAUGGGCCCAGCAGGUGCAGGUAAGACUACCUUCUGCACAGCAUUGAUAGAACACCUACAGAACUCUCGGCGAAGUUGCUUCUAUGUCAACCUUGAUCCCGCCGCCUCAGACUUCAGCUAUGAACCCGAUCUCGAUAUCAAAGAUCUUAUUUCCCUCGACGAUGUUAUGGAGGAGCUGUCCCUCGGACCGAAUGGUGGCCUGAUCUACUGUUUCGAAUUUCUGCUACAGAACUUGGAUUUUCUAUCUACAGCCAUUGAACCUCUGAGCGAGGAGUAUCUCAUCAUCUUCGACCUGCCUGGUCAGAUUGAACUAUACACGCACAUCCCACUUCUUCCCGGACUGAUCGGGCAUCUCUCAAGAUCCGGCCCGUUGAACAUCAGCCUGUGUGCUGCAUACCUUCUAGAAGCGACCUUUGUGAUUGACAAGGCCAAAUUCUUCGCUGGGACCCUUUCCGCCAUGAGCGCAAUGAUCAUGCUCGAGCUUCCUCACGUUAAUAUCUUGUCCAAGAUGGACUUGGUCAAAGACCUGAUGGGCCAAAAGGAGUUGAAGCGUUUUGUGGAUCCAGAUCAAGCCCUUCUGGACGACGAAGACACUGGACGAGGGAGCGCAGCACAUACGGUCGACUUGAGGGAUCCAGCAGAGAUUGACACAGUCAUGAGCGGUGGAUCGUUCAAAAAGCUGAACAGAGCUGUUGCGAAGUUGAUCGAUGAUUUCAGUAUGGUAUCAUUUCUGCGACUUGAUGUUCAGGAUGAAGACAGUGUGGGUGACAUUCUCAGCUACAUCGAUGAUGCGAUCCAAUACCAUGAAGCGCAAGAACCACGAGAGCCGCGAGAACGAGAAGAUGCUGAGCCAGCGUGGGAGGGUGGAUGA